ACAAAUGUGGCGAGAUAUUUCAAGAUAACAGAUAACAUUGAAAAAAGUACAUUCAAUGAAUGCAUCGUGAAAUUAGUUGUUCCUUUGUUAUUAAGUAAGCUAUUCAUUGAAUGUAAUCUAAUAUUUGUUAUUUAAACAAGGAAAUGCAAACAACGCAGCGCAGACUUUGACCCCCAUCGAAUAUAUAGCAUGAUGAUGGUUGUAUUUCAGAGUCAUUUCUUGACAACAUCAAGCACGCACCACUGCAUAGAGCAACGAUUAGAAGCUUUUUCAAAAAUUUCUGUGACUUAUUUCAAAGGUAAGUCUUCUAAUUUAAAUAUCCUUCAAAAAUAUUCUAAAAACUGUUAAUGAAGAUAUAUUAAUUAUACUUAUUUUUAGGUGAAAAUUCUCCAUAAAGUUGAGCCACAAUGAACCCAGACAACAGAAGAGUGGAGAGAACCCUUGCUGCGAUGAAUUAUGAAAUAGCAAAACACGUAGCUCACAACAUCGACAAAUAUGCCAGUCAAAAAUCCGACCUGCGCAAUUUCUGCACAACGUCCGAGAUGAGUCAAAUGACAGUUGAUAUCCUGGGAAAAAGGAUGUGCACAAAAUCUGACGGCGAUUACGCCUACUUUCUAAAGUUGAUAGGAGUUCUGGAAUAUCUGCUGGACACAAGAACACAGUUUUUCAACACACUCGGCUUUAUGUCUUACUGUCCGAGAGACAGGAAAAGAAACAUGGUGGGACAGCUUUUGUCAUAUGUCGGUUUUUAUGCUUGCAACCUGAUCGACCUGGUUAUUGAUGGCUCAACUGGCCACCACUUGUUAGACAGAGAUGUCAUUAAUUCGAUUUGCGGCAUGAAAAACUUGAGGUGUCUGACUAUUAAAGCGAUCUACGUCGACAAAGAAAUCCUCCUUAAUCGUUUUUGCAAGGAAAUUCCCCUCCUGAGAUACAUUGACGCGCCAGGCGUUAAAAUCGACUGCUUCAUUCACAUCACAUCGGGAGCGAUCAAAAAGUCGGUCUACAUGAAUGACAAAUUUCAAUUCAAUGCUGAAAAUCAGAAUUAUUGUGAUGUGGUGAGUUCCUCUAUUUCUUAAAAAAAAACUAUUAGGUCGGGUUCAGAGACCCAAAAUUAUAAGGCCGAGAGUAGAUCGCGAUAGCCCAAAUUCUUAAAGCCGAAGGGUAAAAAUUGACCAUCUUUGCAGAAGACCAAAGUUUUGUUACGGGAGUUGACGAGACAAUUUACAAUCACUCGCUUUAUUUAUUUGGUGUUUAAAACGUUUGUACCAUGAGAUGCAAAAAUUAUUGUUGGCAAUUUUUAAGGAACACUAUUUGCCAUGUGUCAUUGUCCUCUGUUAGUAUCUUUGGACGCGUAACCGUUUAAUAUUGUAUUUCUCUCAGCUGUCUCAAUAAAACGCUGCUGCAAAUUAU